UCUUUUUUCUGUUGGUGUAUUUUAAUUGGGCGGAUAAUAAGUGGUGACUAACUUUCUAGAAAAGUGAAAUAAAUAUAAUAUACUAUAAUUAAGAAAAGAGCAUUGCUUUCAGUAACUGUUUCAAGAUGCUUAGAUUACAAUUAUUAUUACAUGUGAAUUGAAAUAUCUCACAUGGGUGAUGGUCUUUUGUUUCGUAUUUUUGAUCUUUUCAAGAUUUGCAUCAAAUUGUCUAGAGAAUCUGUUAGUGGGUUUUGGUGUGUUAACAAUACUGUCUCAUUUUAGCUUUUGGGGUUCAUCAAGAAUGAGGUUUUGAGCUCUAUUUUGGAGAAAACUGGGUUCUUUGGUUUGACUUUUAACGUAAUUUAAUUCUAAGUAAUUUGUUUUGAUUCUUGGAAUCCAGUUAAAGAUUGUUUCUUUUCAUCAUCCCACCAUAUUCAAGGUGUGAAUUUCUUCUUUUUUGAGCUCCAAGCUUCAUAUUUGUAAAAUCUUGAUUAAGUUUCUGACUUCUGGUUUGAUGUUUUGGACUGAUUUUGUAACGUUUCAUGGAACUGAUAUCAUUGAUUUUGGCUAAGAAAAGGGUGAAAGUUCUUUUAUGAUUUUGUUGGUUAACUUGGUAGUUAGAAUUCAAGAAACUAACCUGAUAAUGAUGAAAAGUUUCAACCUUUGUAGUUCUUGAAAGUGGGAAGAGAAAUUUGUUGGAUAAAUUAGUGAAAGGGAUUGAAUUUUGUGGUGUGUGAUGGAUAAGCAGAUUAGUUUUCGUGGGGUGAUUGAGAAACAGCAGAGUUUUCGAAAUGGGACGAUUGAGAAGCAGAAGAGUUUUAGAGGGUUGAUGGAAAAGCAGAAAAGUUUUCGGAUAGCAAUGGAGAGGCAGUUGAGUUUUGGUGGUGGUGAGAGGAAAAGGGGUAAGGAUUCACCAGGAAAGAGAGGGGAUUCCCAACUUCACUUGGCAGUUAGAGCAGGGAAUCUUGGAAAGGUAAAAGAAAUUGUUCAGAAAGUUGUUGAUAGUAAAGAUUUGUUAUCUAAGCAAAACCAGGAGGGUGAGACUGUUCUGUAUGUCGCGGCAGAGAAUGGCCAUAGUUUGGUUGUUGCAGAGUUGUUGAAACAUUUAGACCUGCAGACAGCUUCUAUUCUGGCUAAUAAUGGUUAUGAUGCAUUCCAUGUCGCUGCAAAGCAGGGUCAUCUUGAGGUACUGAAAGAACUGUUGUAUUCAUUUCCAAACCUAGUGAUGACAACGGAUUCGUCCAACUCUACAGCCUUACAUACAGCAGCUGCUCAGGGACACCUUGAUGUAGUAAAUCUCCUUCUGGAGAUCGAUUCGAACCUUGCUAAGAUAGCUCGUAACAAUGGCAAGACUAUUCUCCAUACAGCUGCAAGAAUGGGGCACUUGGAAAUAGUUAGAUCCCUUCUAAGCAAGGAUCCUGAGAUUGGCUUUAGAACAGAUAAAAAAGGCCAAAGUGCCUUGCACAUGGCUGUAAAGGGACAAAAUUUUGAUAUUGUGCUUGAAUUAAUCAAACCAAAUCCUGCUGUAUUGGCUUUGGAAGAUAACAAAGGAAACAGAGCACUUCAUGUUGCAACUACGAAGGGACGGCCGCAGAUGGUACAAUGUCUGUUAUCAAUCGAGGGCAUCGAUCUCAAUGCCGUCAAUAAGGCUGGAGAAACAGCUCUUGAUAUUGCAGAAAAGUCUGGAUCUCCGCAGCUCGUCUCCAUGUUGAAGGAGGCAGGGGCUACCCAUUCUAAAGAUGAUGGGAGGCCUCCAACUGCUGCAAAGCAGCUCAAGCAGACUGUCAGUGACAUACGACAUGAUGUGGAGUCCCAACUCCAACACAGUCGUCAAACUGGCUUCAGAGUGCGGAAAAUUGCAAAGAAUGUAAAAAAGCUCCACAUUAGUGGUCUUAACAAUGCAAUCAACAAUGCGACAGUUGUUGCUGUCCUUAUUGCUACUGUAGCUUUUGCUGCCAUCUUCACUGUACCUGGCCAAUAUGUUGAAGACAAAAAAGACGGGGUUUCGCUUGGCGAAGCAAACAUAGCCAGAAAAGCAUCAUUCAUAAUAUUCUUCUUGUUUGACAGUAUGGCGUUGUUUAUUUCGAUUGCUGUUGUGGUGGUACAAACUUCUGUGGUUGUGAUUGAACAGAAGGCGAAGAAACAGCUCAUGUUUUGGAUAAACAAGCUCAUGUGGGCAGCUUGCCUCUCCAUAUCAAUUUCCUUUAUUUCACUUACUUAUGUGGUGGUUGGAGAAAAGGAAAGAGCGCUUGCUAUCUAUGCAACUGUUAUCGGUAGUACUAUAAUGCUCACUACUAUUGGCUCCAUGUGCUAUUGUGUGGUUCGACAUAGGCUAGAAGAGUCAAAGAUGAGGAGCAUAAGGAGGGCUGAGACUCAUUCACGUUCGUACUCUAUGUCUGUGGCAUCAGAUACAGAGCUUUACAGUGAAAGCUACAAGAGGAUGUAUGCAGUGUAGGAGUAAAUAAAAGUCGGAUAAAUUUCUGUCCAAGGCAUCAAACCUGGAGCUUUGUAGAUAGCACUAUGAGCGAAGGAUAUAUGCAGGUUCUAAAUCCUCAAGUCUGAUGAACUUCUAGUGGUGGCAUCAGGUACCAAAUUGUACGAGGAACAAAUGAGGAAAAAGUUUAAAUAGAUUGUGCAAUAAUGUCGAGGCGAUGCAUAUCUUCACAAUUCCAUAAAUGGAGUUCCUGCAGCCACUGAAUUGCUGCACAUAUGAGGUGACAUAUUGCUAACAAGUUCAAGUUUAAGGCUUUAGCAAAUCCUUUUGUAUUCUUCGCAUGAAUUUUAAUAGUUUGAAGGCAAGCUCUCAUGGAGUUUACUAUCUACUACAGUUACUAGUACCAGAUUACUAGUGGGUGACAGGAAGGUGGGGAUGGCUAUAUUGAAUUGCUUUGCGUAUAUAUAAUAAACUCUGUAGAGAAAUGCACUAAAUUUUUUAUGUACGAUUUUAAUAUUAAUUCAUCAUAUCUAUUUCCUCUGGUAA